CAUCCGGGUACCAAGCAUCCGGGCCACCGUAGUUUUCAGGAGCCGAUCACGUGACGAGACAGCCAAUCAAAUCACAGCUAAAUAAAACCCAGUGUAGUUUUGCUCCUCCAGAGAGAUUCCUGUUGAAGUUGUGUGCGUUAAUGACUAAAAACCACAUAUGCCAAUCUGUUAAAUUAACUGGAGUUCCUGUCUUCGACGCGCCGUGGACGUGACGGAGGACACCUGAGGACCAGAAAACACCACAAUUUAUCUUUGAAAACCUCCAAACUGAGCCCAAACCAGUCCACACUGCCGAUCAGCUGAAUGUGCAAGUAGCAGCUAUGUAAAAAUGUUUUAUAUAUACUAUAAAAGGGUACAUUGGGCAGAAAACAUUUGAUGUAUUUAAGUCGCAUUUUCUGUAUAUUUUUAUUUUUGGACUGAUAAUAAAGUCGAAGAGGGAGCCGGCGGUAAUGCCAGUGUGUUCAGUUUUAGACAAGUUCAUCUUCGGCUGCUCCUGACCAGGUUGAGCUAUGAUCAUUUUGCUUUUGGAAACCAAAUCAAGUGAAAAUAAGUCAAUUACGUGCAUAAGCCUGGCUGAUUUGGUAACCUAGUUUUAUGAAGCCCCGGUCCUGUGGGCCUCAGUAUCAGACAAUGAUCACGUCACGCCUACAGUGAAGCCCCUCCCACAACAAUUCACCUAUAAAUACUGGAGAAGAUUCACUUCAUCCUACAAGAGAAGAACGAACUCCAGGAGCAGCGGCUGAAAUCUGUUAAAGAUGGAGUUUAUUAAAGAGGAGAUUGAAGACAUGGGUUAUCCAGAACCAUCCAGAAUAAAACAGGAAGAUACUGAGGAACAAAUAGGCUUGGCUGAAGUAAAACAGGAAAGAAUGAAGCUGAAAGAAGAGGAGGGGUGUGGAAAAAGCAAAACGUCAAGAAAAAAUAAUUCCGAACAGCUGAAAACGCACGAGAGAAAACGCGCGCACGUUCCCGCCGGAGAGAAGCGGUAUCGCUGCGCUCAGUGCGGAAAGAGUCUUUCCGGAGCGUCGAGUCUCAGGAAUCACCUGCUCAUUCACUCCGGAGAAAAGCCGUUCGGCUGCGACCGGUGCGGGAAAAAGUUCAUCUCGUCGUCGCACCUGAAAAGUCACAUGACCGUUCAUUCGGACGAGAAGCCUCACGUGUGCUCUUACUGCGGAAAGAGCUUUUCGUGGCUGGCCAGUUACAAACAUCAUCAGAAGACGCACAGUAAAGUGAAAGACCACGUGUGCCGCGAGUGCGGGAAGAGCUUCACUAGAAUAGCCAAUCUGAAGCAGCACCAGAGGAUACACACCGGAGAGAGGCCUUACAAGUGCUCGUACUGCGACAGGAGCUUCAAUGAGUCUGGAAACCUGAAAAGGCAUCAGCGCGUUCACACCGGAGAGAAGCCGUACUACUGCACUCAGUGCGGGAAGUGUUUCACUCAGUCGCCAAAUCUAGUGAUUCAUAUUAAAAAGUGCAUUGAAAAGUUCACGGUAAAGAGGCGCAAGAUGGCAGGCAAGGAGUACUAGGCGCUCGCCAGCUCUUAACUCGACCCUUUAGCCGAGGUCGUACGUAUUCAUUGUCAGCGACUGGAGACUUGCAAGACUCGUCUGGAUAAAGGCCAAACGAAGAAAGUCAUCAUUUACUGAUCAUGCAUACGAUCUAGGGAACAGAAGACGCAUUCUCGGUUUACCAGAAGGGGCAGAUCUAAUACGGCGCCAUUUCUCCACAAAUGGAUAGUUGCAGACUAAAACGAGGCCACAUCAAGAUAGAAAGGGCCCCCAGACCAGGUGUCGAGGAGAGACCAAGACAGAUGCUAGUGCGCGAGUUCUGGGAAAAACGAGGACUCUUGCCGCGAGUAAAAAGUUCUGCGGUUUUGAGAACAGCAGCGUAGCUUUGCAUCAAGGCGUCUCCUUGGGAUCGAAGCCGCUAUGCAAUGUCAUACGAGUAACGAUCGGGAACACCACCAAAGUCUCAGAGUUCAUCCUCCUCAGGACCGCUCUGUGACUGGAUCUUGUAAUCGAGGUUGGCCUUCCCUCGAUGAGCUCCUGAGUGAGGGCUUUAACGUGUCCCCCGUCCCCUUCCCUGUCGGUCCGUGACAUCCCGCAUUUCUUACUGUGCUACGGUUGCUGUUAUGAUUUUGUUAUGCAUUUUUGUUUAUUCCAUCGUCUGUCUGACUGGCCUUAUUUAUUUUGCAGCCUGCAAAGCUUCGGCCUUGGUGGUAGCUUUUAUUAAAGAGCAUGAAACUGA